GGUUCCUCAGAGUCACAUGACCGGCGCUCUGCUGUCACUCAUCCACUCAUCUUCUUCAGCAGCAGUUAGCAAAGCACAUCGUAGCGUCAGCUUUCUCAGGUCUGUGUCUCUAUCCGACAAUGACGGCGCUGGUGGCAAACAGGGCGAUGGACAUCAACGGCUUGGCAGCAGCUGCGAGGACGCACACCCAGGCUGUGACCCGAAACUACAUCUCUCAACCCAGGCUAACCUACUCUACUGUGUCAGGUGUAAAUGGACCCUUGGUGAUUCUGGAUAAUGUGAAGUUCCCCAGAUAUGCUGAGAUUGUUCACCUGACCCUGCCUGAUGGCACCAAGAGGAGUGGCCAGGUCUUGGAGGUGAUUGGAAGCAAGGCAGUUGUCCAGGUGUUUGAGGGAACAUCAGGCAUUGAUGCCAAGAAGACAGCCUGCGAGUUCACCGGUGAUAUCCUGCGGACCCCGGUGUCAGAGGACAUGCUGGGACGCGUGUUCAAUGGCUCAGGAAAACCCAUCGACCGCGGGCCCAGCGUUCUGGCUGAGGACUACCUGGACAUCAUGGGUCAGCCUAUCAAUCCUCAGUGCCGUAUCUACCCUGAGGAGAUGAUCCAGACUGGCAUCUCAGCCAUCGAUGGAAUGAACAGCAUUGCCAGAGGACAGAAGAUCCCCAUUUUUUCUGCUGCUGGGCUGCCCCACAAUGAGAUUGCUGCCCAGAUCUGUCGCCAGGCCGGCCUGGUGCAGAAGUCCAAGGAUGUGAUGGACUACAGUGCUGAGAACUUUGCCAUCGUCUUUGCAGCUAUGGGGGUCAACAUGGAAACUGCUCGCUUCUUCAAGUCUGAUUUUGAGGAGAACGGUUCUAUGGACAACGUCUGCCUUUUCCUCAAUCUGGCCAAUGACCCCACCAUUGAGCGUAUCAUCACCCCUCGCCUAGCGCUGACUUCAGCAGAGUACCUGGCCUACCAGUGUGAAAAGCACGUCCUGGUCAUCCUGACUGACAUGAGCUCCUACGCUGAGGCUCUGAGAGAGGUCUCUGCUGCCCGAGAAGAGGUGCCAGGUCGCCGAGGCUUUCCCGGGUACAUGUACACAGAUCUGGCCACCAUUUACGAACGUGCCGGCCGAGUGGAGGGAAGAAACGGCUCAAUCACCCAGAUCCCCAUUCUUACCAUGCCCAAUGAUGACAUCACCCAUCCAAUUCCUGAUCUGACUGGAUACAUCACAGAGGGUCAGGUCUAUGUCGACAGACAGCUGCACAACAGACAGAUUUACCCACCCAUCAAUGUCUUGCCAUCACUGUCCCGUCUGAUGAAGUCAGCCAUCGGUGAGGGGAUGACCAGGAAGGACCAUGCUGAUGUUUCUAACCAGCUGUAUGCCUGUUAUGCCAUUGGUAAGGAUGUCCAGGCUAUGAAGGCUGUGGUGGGAGAGGAGGCCCUCACCUCUGACGAUCUGCUCUACCUUGAGUUCCUCCAGAAGUUUGAGAAGAACUUCAUUGCUCAGGGCCCAUACGACAACAGGACAGUGUAUGAAACUCUGGACAUUGGCUGGCAGCUGCUGCGAAUCUUCCCCAAGGAGAUGCUGAAGAGGAUUCCUCAGAGUACCCUGGCUGAGUUUUACCCCAGAGAGUCUGCUGCCCGUCACUGAGGCAAACUAAGGGAUGCUCUGGCUCUAGCCCAACACACUUUUCUCCCAGCAUCCUCUUCUCCCUUUAUUCCUUCUUUCAUCUCACCCUUCAGCCCUGCACAAAAAGGCGUUUAGGGGGCUGAUGUCAUCAAGCGUUCACCCAUCCCAUACUUCACCUUCACUGUUAAUACCUCCAGUAAUGAUGAUGAAUCAGUUUGCCCCAACACCCCACCCCCCUUUCCCUACCCUGAAUUACAGGGCAAUAAUCCCCCCUUCUGUAGAUGUACUGUAGUGUAAGUUAUAUAUGGAAAAGUGUCUGUGGUUGUAAUGAUUGAUUGCAAAAACGUGAACAUAUCUUUGAAAUUCUUUACCAAUCCUUAUUUAUUGGGGUGUGUUACUGCUGGACCCCCUUCUUUUCUUUUUCUAAAGAAAUACUAUGUAAUAUCCAUCUCCUGCUAAAAACAAGGGGGGCAUUGUCAUAAUGAAAUUCAGUAUCCCUGCAGCCAGUACCAGUAGGUGAAGCUUGAGUUUUUAUUGGGACUGUCAGUAAUAUUUUCUAAACUAUAAGUCAUGAUCUGCAUGUUUCAGUUUCAGAACAUUAUUCAUGUCACUGAGUACUGAGGGUGGAUUUAUUAUCAAGGCUCUCUCUUCCUCACUGCCUAUGUAUUGUUUAAUACAGGCAACUGCUGUAUUCUUUCAUGUCAGUGGCUUCAAGUUGGAUAUUUCUGAUUUUCUCAUGUCAACAUUCAUAACACGAGUAAACAGACAAACUUGGUCUAUAAAGCAGAGUUGAGAUGUUUACUGUAUGUUGCCCACCCAAGUUACUUUGACUCUUUCUUCCCUGUUGCUUCUUCUUCUCUGGAAAAACACAGUGGAUGUUUACAUUAUUUGUGUUUUGCUGUCGAAUUUGUGUCGCAAAAGAAUGAGUAUAUAAGAGUAUAUUAAACAUUCCUGUCUGUCUGCAGCAACUAAUUCUUUGUUGUGCUACCAUAAUGGUUUUGUGAGUUUGUGUCCAUGAAUAAAUUAAAUGAAGUAUA